UUGUGAUUUCACUUGAAGUGAUACAGUAAUUUGGUGAUUGCUUGUAGUACUGCGAAGAAAUGAAGCGUAUUGGAGUUCCAGUUACAAAGCAUAUUUUUAUGGCACAAAUAAAUGCAUAUGCAGCUUGUGGGCAAAUUGAGAAGGCAAAACAGGUAGUCUUGGACAAAAUGAUACAUGUUUGCAGCAUAACUGAAAUCAAGAGUGUGCUCGUGUCAGCUCUUGCGUUGAAUGGGAUGAUGCCUAAUGCAUUAAACCUUUACAAGGAAAUCAAGAAAAAUGGGGGGACUUUGGAACCUAAAGCUGCUAUCGCUCUCAUUGUAAGUUUACGACAGAACCUUUGUUUUCUUUUUUCCUAUAACUACAAUAAUCUUAAUUAUCAUCUUUACUAUCUCUUGGGAGCAUUUUACAUCCGAGGGAGAGUUGAGUAUAUUACUUCAAGUAUGGGAGGAAAUACAGGAUCCAGACUAUUGGUUUGA